CACGUGGUUAUUUCUGGGGAGAACUUCCGGGGUAUCUUAAGCUCUGGUUCCGACAGUCUAGGUUUAUUAUUAUUUGUGGGGAAAAUGUAUAAAAGUAAACGUAAGGCUCUGGCAGGAAAAUCAGUUAGAGGAUUUUAAUAUAUUCCAUAUCUGGGAUGUGUUGUUUAGUAUGUAGCAACAUUUCUGUUGUAUAGAGUAUUAUAGCACCGAUGUGUCACAGCCACGGAAUGAUAUUUGAUGGGAAUGUAAAGCAUUUCUAAAACCUUUCAGUGUAUCUGAAGCAUUUAUGUUCAGGAAAAGCAGGUUGACGCUGUGAACCUUUGCACUUGGCUUAAGGGUGAUCGAUACCAGAUCAAUGGAAGCAUUUUCCAGAUUAUAUGGUCGCUUUAGGCGGCUCAUGCAUCUUCAUACAGUACACAGGAGACAACAGGGUCUGUGUGCCGCUGCCAAAGUGCGGCUCAGUGUGCAGCAGGCUGCGGAUGUCUGGGCUCGCCGGUUUGAGGAGGCCGGAGUCUCAGAGCCGGGCCCCUCCAGUCAGUACAUUGUUGCACACGUGCUGGGAGUCAAAACGAUGGCCAAUCUUGAGCCGGGAAUUCUGGGUAGGACACUGACGGAUGUGCAGAUGCAGCAGGUCUGGGAGCUCUGUGGCAGGCGCCUCUGCAGGAUGCCAGUGCAGUAUGUCAUUGAAGAAUGGGACUUCAGGGACAUCACACUGAAGAUGAGGCCACCUGUCUUUAUCCCACGACCUGAGACAGAGGAUCUUGUUAGCUUCGUGCUUGCAGACCUUCAGCCAGCAUGGGGGGCUGGGUUCACCGUUCUGGAAGUGGGCUGUGGUUCUGGAGCAAUAUCUCUCAGUCUUCUCCAGAACCUUCCACGGCUCCGGGUCAUAGCCCUGGACAGAAAUAAAGCAGCUGUGGAUCUGACCAAUGAGAAUGCGCACAGACUCGGCCUCCGGGACAGACUGCAGGUUCUCCAUUUGGAUGUGAUGCAGGAUGCAGAGAAGGUUCUGCGGGAGUGCGGUCUUGUCGAUGUCCUCGUUAGCAAUCCCCCCUACCUGUUCUCACAGGACGUGACUUCCCUGCAACCGGAAAUCCUUGACAGGUUUGAAGACCUGGCUGCAUUGGAUGGGGGCGCUGAUGGACUCCAGAUUAUACGACAAAUUUUAUCGCUUGCCCCACAUCUCCUUAAAGACCAGGGAAGGGUGUAUCUGGAGGUAGACCCUCGCCAUCCUCCUCUGAUUGAGCAGUAUGUAGAGGAAGCCAAGGAAGUGGGACUGCAGUACAUCCAGACUCAAUGUGACAUCACAGAGAGACCGCGUUUCAGCAUCCUACAGAAAACACGGCCCGAGCGAUAGACUAAGCAUCACCUGAGAGAAUGAGGGAGACUGGAUGAAAACAUUUGUGGGAAAUGCAGUACGCCAUAUGUGAUUGUGUAUGACAUGGGGGCUUGUUUGUGUUUUGAUGGGCUAGGUGUUGGCCCAGAAAGGUGAGCGUGACUGCUUGUCACACUACUCCCAUUCACCUCUGUUUGCCCCUUCUCAACCUGUUCAUCCGCUACAUGUUGCAACAGCUCAGAGGACAUUCAGACGCUGGAUGCAGACAGACAGACUGAGCUGAACCAGAGCCCUCCAGAAAGCCUCUAUGACACUGUGUGUGUGUGUGUGGGUGGGUGUGUGUGGUGGGGGUUUGUUUGUCUGUAUAGACUAAACCUCAGCUCAAAAUAAAACUUUUUACCUUC